UGUGUGGAAAGAAGAAGAUACAUGGCCAGCAGGAUGAUUAGGUUUUGGUGGGUGGGAAAAAGUAAAGUGAGAGAGAGAAAAGCUGUUUGCUGGAUCAUCUACCAGUCAAUCCAUCUUCGUAAAAGUUAUCACCGGUGGAAAUGAUGAAAUCUAUGUCCGACUUUUCUCCUGUUUUGCCCAUCUGAAGAGCAACUUGAGAUUGGUUGUAAUUUCCUUUUCUUUCCCAGUCACCAACCACCAAAACGCUAAGAGACCCAUCAGCUUUUGCAGGGUGUUCGAACCUCUCAAGCUCAGCUAUGGAGACACUGAAACACAGCCCUAUUAGAAUAGCAGUGAAGAGCUUGAGUUUAAGAGAGAGAUUCAUAUUCUUGUUUCCGAUCAACAAUUCAGCCAUGGCGUUGGAUGAGAGAGAGAGAGAGAGAUCAGGUUGUGGAAAUUAUGAAAGCGAUUCCUCGGAUUCUUGCUCUAGUUACGGUUCAAAACCCAAAAAGAGCAGGUUGCCUUCUUUACAGAAGUCCGCUGGCAGCUGUAACAGUGAAAGGAAGCGUGAGAAAAUGAGGAAGAUGGUGAAGACACUUAGAGGAAUUGUUCCCGGUGCCAACCAAAUGAACACUGUUGCUGUUCUUGAUGAAGCUGUCAGGUACCUCAAGUCUCUCAAGGUAGAAGUGCGGAAAAUUGGAGUUGGUUGAGGGAGAGAGCCGUGGGCCUCGUGUUUGUGUUGUCUGAGUGUUGUGUGUUUUUGGUUGUCUAGGUGGUCUCCGACAGGCGAAGUUCACCUGGUAUCGUAGUGCCGGCAUCGCUACAGUGAGCGUGGCAAACCCAGUUAAUCUAACCAUCGUGAGGAAGCGCUCCUGACCAUAACAGAGGGCUACAGUUGCACAGAUCUUUGUUGAUUUUAUCAGCGGAAUAGGCUGA